CAUUAUCAUUGGUCGAUAAGGAGACGUCAUUACAAUCUUUUGACGUCGUUGCGCAAAUUAUAAUUUUUAACUCUCACUUCGUUUAGCUGCCAUGUUUUUUUUCAUGUGGGCAGUGUGUAUUUAGAAACUAUCAUGAUAAUUUCCCCAUAUAAACUACUAAGGAAGUAAGGGGUGCACCAAGUGCGUCAUACGUCGAGAGCUAGUGACAAUGAACCAAAUUCACUAAACGCGAAUACCGUCGACUCGAGAUUCAAAAACGAAACACUAGCAAAGAUUUGGCCAAAGAAUUAAGGAUGUAUUAGUACAUUGGCAUAUAAGAGGAUCGAUAUUACACACGGCCCCCGGCAAAUGAAAAAUGGACACACGAUUUCUGAGCAAGAUGAUUGUGUUUGAUGGCAACAGAUAUGAUAUCGGACAGGAUGCGUAAACAUAAAAGAGAGGACCAGGCCCACGCCUGCUGGCCUGCAACGUCGCGAGAGCAGUUCCUAAACCUAAACUUCUGAAACCGCAAUACUUUACACAGAGGAUAUGCAGUGCCCAAUUGUACAGCAAAAGGAUUUUUACCGUGGGAAUAUUAAAAUGAAGACGAUAAAUGGUUUUAAGAAUCCUUACAGAAAGGAACCUAAUCUGGACAAGAUUGUUGAUCAGCUGUGCACGAGACUUCAAGACAUUAAAGAUCAAGACGGCUCGUCUGUAGGUAUGCCAACCUGUUCCAUAGAACAGACAGAGGCUGUGCGUCGAUACUACGCAGCUUUCCCGGCUCUGAAAAAAGGUCAAGAAUCGCCGUUGCAGUAUUACCUGCCACCACCGUCGUGGUGUCGUAAAACUACCACAGAUUCAAAAGUCAAAAUGCAAAGCGAACUAUCAUUGUCAAAAGAUUGGAAUACAAAAAAUAAAAAGUACUGCUUGGGCAAGGAGCGACGGAAUUCAUACCACGGGCCGAAGAAGAACAGCAGGAAACGUCACAACAGCUACAGCAGGUCUUUCGAGAGUAAAGAGAACCUGCCAGAGUGGAUGACCCAUGAGGGAGUGUGGGAUAUGGAGACACAGGAUCCUGUCAAGGAGUUCAUCAGAGCCAUAGCACUAGACGAGGGUUACGGCACCUGCGAGAACACGGUGACAGACGAGGUCAAGGAUAUAACACGUGUCAAGUUCAGGUUCGACGACAACAUGGUGCCCGACUGGGAUGACAGCCUCGACUUCGACGCCGAGUGGGUCAUCACCGAGGACCUCAACCCGCGGGCGAGGUCUCCCAUGGAGGAGGAGCUGUACGCGAAGUUCGAGGCCAAGUUCGAUCGAAGCAUCGAAGCCUUGUGGUCCAAGGAACAGAACACCCCCGACGACGAGUACCAGGAUCUGCCCAUCGACUUCCAAGACCUAUUGUCAUCCCCGUCCGACCAGCUGUUCGCAGACCCCGCUCUCGAGAAACGCAGCCUCGCCUCGCUCACAGAAAGCAUCCGGUCGGGUGACGUCGAACCUCGCGUCGCUUCGCCACCGCGCUCCCCCGACGGACUCAGUGCCCGCCUGCGACCUCUGCGUUUGCACGACACUCGCGCUCCGCCCCCCUGCCCGAAGGAGAUAGAGUCGUUCGCACUGUACGAAGGCGAGGAGUUCUACGACGCACUCUCCGUCGUGGCCAAGACCAUGCGCUCGCUGGCUGCCAUCAACCACAGCCGCGACGGCAGUGGCUUCGCGGAGGUGCCGCCGCGGCGUCUCGCCCCUCAGCCCCCGCCGCCGCCGCCCGCAACCCGCGCCCCCCCGCGACGCGAGCCCGAGCGCGACCGCGAGGACCCUCUCACCUCGUCCCGCACGCACUUCCGCCCAAUCCGCCGCGAGACCGAGGCCGAUCCUCCCCGCUACGCCGACGGCGACACCUUCGACAUCCGCGGCGACCUCGACACCGUCGAGUUUAGGCGCAGCGAGUCCGGCGGCGUGUACCUCGGCGCUACGCUGGAGCGGUACCUCGAGUACCGCGCCUCCCGCGGCAUCGACUACGGCCGACUCAACCUGACGCCCGCCCAGCGCUGUCCGGACCUCGACGACCCGGGCUUCCGGCUGCGUUUCCCGCUGCGGCAGACGGACGCCGGCGUGCAGACGGAGAUCCGAGCGGACGCCGCCUGGGAGUGCGACGAGUGCGGCGGCUCCGUUAAAAAGAUGCGUGCCAGCACCAUCGAGAGCAUCUGGAGCGAGGCUCACGCCUGUCGUUGCGGCGCCCGGCCCUCGCCCGCCGCGCCCGCCGCCGCGCCCCCGCCUGACGAGCUGUCGCGAGACUGGGAGGAGUUGCUGCGGGACAUCAGCGCCGCGCACCGGCUGUACGCCAGCGAGGCCGCCGGGGACGACGACGGCGGCGGCGGCGCGGACCGCAAGCGACGGCACAGCGCGGCGUUGCGAGGCGGCCCCGGCUCCGUGGGCGGCGGGCCGGGCGCGGACGGGGACUGCGGCGGGGGCGGGGGAGGCCCGCGCUGCUCUCACCCGCACGCUCGCUUCCUUCACUGCUGCGGCGCGUCCCCGGACCGCCCGCUGACUCGCUGACCGCUGCCGUCGCUCGCCGAGUCGCCGAGCACGCUCUAUUGGUCGCCCUGGCACUUUUAAUUAUUAAUGUUCGUUCGGUCCGCCGUGGUCGGCGCCUGUUUAUUGAUUAUUUAGAUAUUACCUUCGUUUAGUUCGUUAUCUCUCCUCGCGUUAAGGGACGUUCCCUCGCUAUAUAUGCUGUAACACAUUAUGUUGACAAAAUUUUGCACCUCUUCAAGUGUUUUAAUGCCUUUUUUUUGUUGGCUAUAUAGCAUGUAUGAUUUGACAAUUUUCUUUGCCUCAGCCAGUACGAUCUAUAGUAGCCGCUCGCCGCCGUCGCUCGAGCCGGUCGCGCCUCACGGUCUCGGUGCGGUGUGAGACCGUCGGACACGUUGCAUCACGAGGCCAUUUCGUCACAGUAUCGAUGACUGUCGUAGUAUUAGCUUGAGCCGAUCAUUUGUAAUGAGAGUAAUCUACUCCGGCCUCACGAUGGCUGCAGUCAGAAUCCGUUCGAUUCGCGUACAUUGUGUCAAGGUGGCCUCCGACAUCGCCGACCGACUGUGUGUCGUUCGCUGUAUAUAUAUAUGUAUUUGUCGAACUUGUUCCGAGUUACAUAACGUAGUGCCCCGCGUGAUCGAUGGCAGUGCCGAGUAUGCGGGGGUGCCAAUAUAAAAUCGCAACUAUUGUAUAAACAGUCGAGCUGAAGCGCGCCGUGCGCUCGGAGUGACGUUUCAUUAAAUAGUUUAAUAGUUAAUUAGGACUCUCGUUGUCGGGGGUCGGUUGAGGUGAAAAAAAGGCUAAAAAAAAUAUAUUGUGCUAACAUAUCUUUCGAUUCGUAGUUGAGGGCAGAAUGGCGACUAUGAUUAUAGUUGAAUGUUUCCUUUGUAGCGAUUUUAUAUUGAUGUUCUGUUUGAUGGAAUGCUGCGGCUUUGUUACGACGUUUGUUUUUUUUUUUUUGACUAGGAACUCUAUUUAUUAUACUGAAGAUAUUCUAUUUACAUAAAGACGCCGACUUUUCGGCCAGUGUAUUUAUUUUUAAUCUUAUAUAUAUACUUUUCGGUUGGACAUGAAUUCCGCUAUGGGCGGCAGCAUUCCAUGUCAGACACGUUGGACGAUUCUAAUAUAAUUCUUACAAUGAUAUCGUCCGGAGUUAUUUAAACGGUUUUAAUAUUAAAAUAGUGAACUGGUAUUUUUUUUUUGUUAGUAUUUUUUUUUCGUUUCUUUUGGCAAUCAAAAUUAUCUUCUAAUAAAAAUUAUUAUAUGCUAGGUAAAUUUGUUUUUUGUUGGUAAUUUUUGGAUGGGAACGAUCGGGGAGCGGUGUACAUCUGGACCUCGUAUCCGAACGCCGUAUUUGUAAAUAUAAACAUCCGUAUGUCCGUUCGCGUCGCUGCAGCGUCUCGCGAGCCGGGCGUCUCGGAUGCCAGUAUUGUGUUGGCUAAUAUCUAGGUGCUAUAUAUAAUGAGUUAUCUAUAGAUUGUUUUUACGGUCCAGUUUGUCUAAAAGUUUAUAAGCGGCGAUUUUAUUGAGUAGCCGCCUAAUGUAAGUGUGGCAGAAUCGUGUCGAGAAUGGGUUUGUUGUGUUUCAAUGUUUUCUGCCUGUCUGUUGGGAUGUGUAGUUAUCAACGAUGGACUAUAUUGGGGUGUUAGCGGAGUUCAGUAGUGCGGUGUUGUGGUAUUUGACUGUAGUGUGAUUCGUACUGUUUAAUAUAUUAUAAAUGUUCCUUUAUGAAAGAAAACAAUAGCUAUCAUUAACUUUGGCCCGCCGGCCGUGUGUUAGUCGUCGACUAUUGUAAAUUAUAAGAUCUUAUUGUGUACAAUAUUAAAGGCUAUGUCGUAGGCGUCUGAGAGUCCUUUGUAAAUAAUGGAUCGUCGCUGUCAGCUUGCUUAUUCCGAUGUCUUAAUAUAUUGAACAGUGCGUGUUAGAUUGUAAUAUAAUUCACAGCGAAUACCUAUAAAGACGACAGUCGAUGUAUCCGUAACUGUUGUUAUAUUAUAGUUUAUAUAAAAAAUAAGAAAUGUAUAUGUUGUAUUUUUCAUUUGUAUAGGAAUCGACGCGCUCUGACGUCACGCCGAGUAUAAAGUUAAAAUGUCAUCGAAACGAACGAGUGACGACUGACGUUAAAACUUUAUACUCGAUUCCUAAUAUAAUUAUAUAUAUCGUAUAAAUAUUGCCUUAAAUAAUAACAUUGUCAUAUAUUUUUCAAAUCUUUGCUACCGUUUUGUCGUGUUUAUAUAUUGUAUUGUAUUUAUUAUUUCUGUAGUGUGAUUUACUUCCUUUUUUUUUAAUAACUGAAAAUAAAUAAAAAAUACACAAAAAAAAUUAAAUAAUAAUAUAAAUAAAUAAUAUUUCUCUGCAGAUUUCUAUCGGUAUGACAAUUUAUUUGUAUAUAUUUAAAUAUAUCGUCAAAUUAAUCUAUAAGAAUUUCAGUUCUAUAUAAAUGUAUUUUUUAUUUUAUUUUGUUUCAAAAGCAAUGUCCUAUCUGAAAUGUAUGAUAAUGUUACCAUCACAACGAGGUAAACUCGGAACAUUUCAGACAUGGCAACACUUAGGCAACGGAAUGAUUAGCAAUUUCGGUAAUUUUAAUAUCAUCUGAACUAAUUACUCGCCACCAUUAUACUUCGUAUCAUGUAAUCUUAUGGAACAUUGUUUUUUUUUGUUCAUUUCGCUCCGCAUUUUCAUAUCGUAUUGUACUUAUUCCAUUAACGAUAUUCGCUAAAGAAUACAUGGAAAAAAAAUAAAAGAAAAUCCAAAAAAAAAAUUAUUGUAAUAAUUAGUCAAGUCCGCAUAUAAUAUUAUGUUUGAUUAGAAAAUAAUCUAAUGUAAUGUGCCUAUGCACUUGAUGUUUGUAAUUAUAUCCGAAACAGCUGGAUAAGUUGUUCUUUAACAAUGUUAGAGUUGUUUAAGACAACAGGCUCUGUGACUUCCGCUGGGGGACGGCUGAUAUGGCUGUCACAGAACCUAAUACUAUGUUCGCCGGUAGAAUUGUUGCUAAAAAGUAAAAACAGCUUUACAGUUUGCAACAAUAGCUUUACAGUCUGAACCAACAGCUUUACAGUCUGCAACAUCAGCUUUACAGUUUGCAAGAACAGCUUUACGAUCUGCAACAACAGCUUCACAGUUUGCAGGACAAGUUUGGCAACAAUUUUACUGGUGUUUCAUUUUGUCGCCUCUAGUUUAUGUAAUCAUGUGUGUGAUAAACGACUGGAAAUUUUUUGUAUUGUAAUUCAAUUCGUAUUUUUGUUUCAGAUAAAAUCAUGUCAUAUAAUAUUAAAGGUUUAUAAAUCUAUCAUCUCAUCAUCACAUCUGAAGUGAUUUUAUUUGAAACAUGAAUAUGAUUAUUGUAUGGGAAGAUUUGAAGAUUACUAAACUGUCGGUAACAUAGGAGGCGAUCGUGCCCCCAAAAAAUAUUCACUUGUAAGCCACAUUUAACUCUUACGUGGCAAAUGAGCUUUUUGUCAAUACAUUAUAUGUAAUACAAUUUGUAAAAUUUCACAGUAUACAUAUAUGUUGUAACGAUUCUUUUUAUCUGAUUUUGAGAUGAGAGCGGAUUUUUUUUUUGUUUUUAAAUAUAAAAUUUUUCGGACACGUCGCUAAAUUAGCACACGUUUAAAAUUUAAUAAUAGUAAUAAUAAAAAGUAGAUAUUUCCAAGUGUAUGCUCUCCUCAAUAGACAAGUGGGCCUGUAACCGAUAGCCGAUGGCCUCGGUUACCCGAAUAUUUGUUCUAGAUAAUAAAUAAAUGUAUUUUCUUUUCUGGUUUCGAAAUCGAUAAAUUAUUAGAAAAUAAAGGCCGGGGUAGUAGCAGUGCUCUAGGGAUUGUACAUUAUUUUUGUUUCGGUGCCUUAAAGAUCUGUUACGAUGUUUGUGAAGCCAUUUUAAUCAGUGUAAAGUGUAUUUGACCACACAUUAUUGUAUUAUCUGUAUCUCAGCCAAUGGCAGUUCGGAGUUGACACUGAUGUGAUGAGUUUUAGUAUCGGCGCCGAUUAUUUUGUUCUAAAUAAUAUUAUGUAGUCUAUUAUUAAUAGAAUAGAUGUUAAAUUUAUUAAAAAUCAGGUUUCUUAGAUAACAGUAUUUACUCAAUCGAUUAGAAGUGGUUAUCCCUGAAAAUAGUUACCAUAAUUCGUUACGUUAGGUUGUGCUCGCUACUCUGGCUCUUGCCACCUGUGGGAAGAUAAUAAAAAUAAACAAAUCAACAA